CAAACACGCAUAUCCCAACCACAAUCACAAAUCACAAUGAAGCGCAAGUUGAACGACCAGGACGUGCCCGAGGUGGCAGAGGCUGUGACGGAAAUCGAAGAAAAGGUGGAAAAGACGACGCCGACAGCAAAGACAUUCGCCGAACUGGGACUGGAUGCGCGCCUUUUGCAGGCCAUCAACAAGGAGAAGUUUGCGGCUCCGACUCCUGUGCAAGCCCGUGCCAUUCCUCUGGCUCUGUCGGGCAAGGACAUCCUUGCGCGAGCACGAACCGGCUCUGGCAAGACGGCAGCAUACCUUCUCCCCAUCCUCCAAUCCAUCCUACACCGCAAAUCCGCACAGCCCUCGUCAACGAAAUCAACUUCGGCUCUCGUCUUAGUCCCCACUCGCGAACUUGCUGGCCAGGUCGCAAAGGUCGCCCUUUCGUUUGCUGCCUUCUGCGGCCAAGAAGUGCGCAUCGAGAACUUGACUCGCAAGGAAGACGACAAGGUCGCCCACGCCCGCCUGAUCGAAGCUCCCGAUGUCGUUAUCGCUACACCCUCAAGAGCGACCAGCCUUGUCAACGCCUCUCUNUUGCAACUACAAAAUCUCACACAUCUCGUAAUCGACGAGGCUGACCUUGUCCUUUCAUACGGCCACGAUGAAGACCUGCAGAACCUGUCCAAGGUCAUUCCUCAAGCUGUGCAAACGGUCUUGAUGAGCGCCACGCUACGAACCGAAGUCGACACUCUCAAGGGCAUGUUCUGCAAGGACCCCGUUCUCCUCGAACUCGACCAGGAAGAGAAGGAACAGUCGGCCCUCACACAAUACGUUGUCCAGUGCGGAGAGGACGAAAAGUUCCUGCUCAUCUACGCCAUCUUCAUGCUCAAGCUGAUCAAGGGCAAGUGCAUUGUCUUUGUCAGCGAUAUCGACCGCUGCUACCGUCUCAAGUUGUUCCUCGAGCAGUUCGGCAUCAAGAGUUGUAUCCUGAACUCGGAAUUGCCCGUCAACUCGAGAUUGCACGUUGUAGAUGAGUUCAACCGCGGUGUUUACGACAUCAUCAUUGCGAGCGACGACAGCGAAAUUGUCGGAAACGAGGAAAAGUCAAGCCGCAAGAGGAGGAAGGUCGAAGCUGCAGAUGAAGAUGCUGAAUCCACUGCUGUUGAAGGAGAAUCAGCCGCUCCCAAAGAGACGGCCGCCGAGAACGACGACGAAGAGAAGGAAGAAAAGGCAUCAGAAGAAAAGCCAAAGAAAAAGCAAAAGCGCUCGAAGCUCGACAAGGAAUUUGGUGUCUCGCGUGGUAUCGACUUCAAGAACGUCGCCUGCGUGCUCAACUUUGACCUGCCCACCUCAUCCCGCAGCUACACCCACCGCAUCGGCCGCACCGCCCGUGCCGGCAAAUCUGGCAUGGCCCUCUCCUUCGUCGUCCCCAAAUCCCUCUACCGCAAGCACAAACCCACCACCAUUCCCUCAGCCGAGCACGACGAAGAAGUCCUCGCCAAAAUCACCCGCCAGCAAGAGAAAAAGAACCAACAAGUGCUGCCCUACCACUUUGACAUGAAGCGUCUGGAUGGCUUUAGAUACCGUAUGACCGAUGCUCUACGCUCAGUCACCCGCAUCGCCAUCCGCGAGGCCCGUAUCCGCGAGAUUCGCUCCGAGCUGCUCAAGUCGGAGAAGCUGAAACGCCAUUUCGAAGAGAACCCGACGGAUUUGCAGCAUCUGAGGCACGAUCAGGAGAGUCAUGCUGUUCGCGUGCAGCCGCAUCUCAAACACGUGCCUGAGUAUCUGUUGCCUGGAAACUCGGCGGUGGCACAAGAUUCUGGAGACGGAGGUUUUGUUGGCUUUGGCAAGAGUGGAGAGAACAGGAUCAGAAAAGCGAGAAUGCAGAAUAGAAUGAAGGGCAAAGGCAAGGGAAGGAAAAAGUCGGACCCGCUGAAGUCGUUGAGUGCGAAGAGGAAGUAA